GCUUUUCCAACCAAUAUCAUUAAUUGCUUUCUGAACAUUCCUCGCAUUGUCGCUGACAGCAAAUAUUAUUUUAUCUGUAAUGUUCCAAUUUGUAACCACUCGUUGUAAUUCUGCAGCUAAAUUUUCUGAUGUGUGUCGAAUAUCAGAAGAUGAGCAUUCCAGUAAUAAUGAAUGUAACUCGAAAUCUUCAUCCAAAAAAUGGGCAGUAAUAGCAACAAAAUUAACUGUAUUUAUUGAUGACCAUGAAUCUGUUGUGAUACAAAAUGUUUUCCCUGUUUGUAUUAGUUCUUUAGUAUUCGUCAAUCAUUCUUCAUACAUUGCUGGUAACAACGUUUUUGACACAACGUCUCUACUAGGCAACUGAUAACUCGGAUUUAAUGCAGCAAUAAAUUCUCUAAACCCAGGGUCUUCGACAAUGCUAAAUGGCUGCAAGUCUUUAAUAAACAAAUUAAGUAAUUUCUGGUCUAUAAAUUCUUUUGAUCUGACUGAAAUUUUUCUGGGCAAAAAUGUUUCAACUGUUACCUGCCGCAACAUUCUUGGUGAUAAUACUGACUCGCUGUCAAUAUUUAAUUUUUGCUGCUUGGAAGUAGAUGGUUGUGAAUUAGAUAAAUCAGAUUGUUGUUCUUGUAACUCACCGGAAGUAGUUAUGGUAUCUGUUUCCAUUACUGUGGGUAUCUAUUGAAAUAAAAAUAUAAAACUAUAAUUAAUUGUACCAUAAUAUAUUCAUUAAAUUUAUCUUACCUUAGGUUUAUCCUCAAAAAGAUGCACAGUAGGAUGUUUGCUUUUUAAAUGUUUAUUAAGAUUCGUAGUACUUGUCCUAUAUGAAAACUUGCUUUUACACAUAUUGCAUUUUGCGUAUUCUGAGUCUAUUUGUUCAAAAAACCUCCACACCUGACUUGUUUUUGUUUUACCCUGUAUUUUAGGUGGCAUUAUGAAAUUUAAACAAGUGAUUUGAUUUCACUAAACACUAUCACUAGUACUUGAUGUAUACUGAACUAGAAAUACUAAAUCACAAUGUUCCUAUUAUUUUUUGAAUGUCCGCUGGUUGGUAAAAAAAUACGUGCGCUGCAAUCAUAACAUCCAGAUAAUAAAUAAAAAAUCGGCGUCGCUUACGCUUCAGGUCGCAGCAGGUCGCUACAAUCAUGUUAAAGAGAGAGAGAGAGAGAUAAGGAGAUAGGAAUAUCGGGUAUCGGCAUCGGCCGCCAGCGGGCAGCAAGCGCCAAGCAGUAAGCGGAGUGCGGAGCGGAGUAUUCCGCCAGUGAAUCAUUGAACUGAACGCCAGCCUACUGCUAUUCGCUUUACUUAGUAGACCGAUAUGGGAAUGUCGUGAUUUGAAUCACAGUUUCGUGCAUCAUGGAGUAGCAGUAGCAACUUAUGAUUGACUGAUAUCUGUGAUUAAGUAACAGUCCGUGAUUUUGCUCCCAUCACUAGCGUGCAGCCGCUUGUGGAAAAUAAGCGUAGUCACAACCAGUGAACGAGAAAAUUAGGCGUUGCGUUUGUUCUUAAGUAAUAAAAGAGCUGAUUGAUGCUAUAAAAGAAAAUAUUAACAGUGCCGGCUUCACAGAGGUAUGGAAUUUCAUACUACAAAUUUUUGGAGACAACACAGAACUAAACAGAAGGCGGAUAAAAUUCGUUUUAUGUGUAUUACAAACUAUUGAAGAACAAGAUGUUCCAGUGAGUCGAACAAAAGCAGUUAUCAGCAGGUUAAUCCUGGAUAUCACAAAAUUUAAAUCCGAGGAUUUAGCUAAGAUGUGCAAGUUUUGCUUGGAAUGUAUUCAGUCAAGAAAAACUACUAAAAUGGGAUGGAAAGAUUUGCUUCCAGAGGUCUUGAAUGUGCUAAUGGAUAGAGAAAUAUUUGAAUUUGAGGAUCUAAACUACACUGGACAAGAGUAUAAAACAAGUUUUAUAGACUCCCUAUGCUUGUCUUCUUGGUCUCCCAAUAUUGUCACUAUUUUAGCAUCUGCAUUUAUAGAUAUGCACCUAACAAAAGAAGAACUAUUCAAAAUAACGUACAAAUUAGGAACAUAUAUUGAAAAAUUGACACCUCAAGAAUUACCUUCUUUUGUGUAUCAACUCUUGAGGCUGUGUAAACAAGAUAGUGCUAGAUCUGUAUUUGUAAAGUUGCAAAACUAUUUUGGGCUGAGGAUUUACAAUUCAAGUACUGAGAUUAGCUCCGCCUCAGCCAAUAGCAUGGAUUUAAUUGAAUCUGCUGACAACCAAGAAACGAUUGAGGCAGAAGGCACAGUCUUAUACCACAUCCACACUGCUGCAGCACUGAGCCAUGAUUGUAUUGUGAACUAUCUAAACUCCCUCAAAAAUAUGACAAAAACGCCUGAAUUUAUUCUUCAUCCCUUUCAAUUGAUGUUACUGUUCACCAUAUCUACUGUUUCACAUUAUGAAGAAAAUGUCUUUGAAAUUUUGAGACCUUGCAUUGUGAAGUCCUAUCAAGAGGAACAAAAAAAGGAACACUCUGAUUGGUAUAAGGACAUGGUGCCUGUUGCUGGAAAACCAGAGGAGGUUUUUGAUAAAGUCAUUCAUUACAGCAUAGAAGAUAGGGAACUUAUGCUUCAAGCACUGGUGAAUUUUGGUUUUGUUCUGCUUGGCGUAGGAGCAGCAUUAGGUAGAGAUGUCUUAGCUGAAAAGCAAUGGCAUUUAGGCAAUAUGAUUUUGCUAAAAAUUAUCAAGAGGAAACAACAUACUGCCAUGACCAUUAUACAGACUUUGUGUAAUAAUAUCAUCACAAGACAGAGUGCUACCCAGUACAUUGAAUGUUUGUACAUAUUGAGUAGAUCUCUACCGCUUCUGAUAUUAGAAAGUCAGAGUUGUAUAGUUGAAUUAAUGGACAGUCUAAUGCAGAUACCUGGAAGUACCGCCAAUCAAUUAUUAGAUGCCCUAAUACCUAUCACAAAAGUGUCUCCUUCACUUAGGGACCACUUAAUCAUGCUUCUCAAGAAAGCAUUAUACUCAAGUUCAGUCGAGACAAGGCAAAUGGCAGUCUCCGGUUUUCUAAAGCUCAUUACACACUUGAAAAUAUCCAAUAUGACUUCUUUGAGCCAAAGCAACUCUUCUUCAUUCUCUUCUGGGCACUCUGUUUUCACUCAAUUGUCGUUGAAUAAAAGUACUCAAGCUGUAGGUCCGAACACUUUUUGCAAUGAGGCUCUUUGUUUGGAAGUGUUGAGUAUUUUGAAAAGAUGUUUCAUGCAACAGAUAGAAGUCAAAACACAAUUGUAUGAUGGUCUUUUUGAUGCAAUAAGCAUAAAUCUAGAGUUGGCGAUGCCUACACUGGAAGUUAUUUGGUUCCACUUCAAGGAUUUUUAUGUGGCUGAUGAGAACGAAAUGCUACCAGUAGACUUCAAGAAAAUUUCUAUACUCAGGGAUACAGACUCUGUGCAGAUGGAACCACUAGGUAAGCUGGUCUAUACCAUAGGUUUGAUUCUAAAUAACCUUAUAGAAAGUGAUGAACAAAAUGAAAAUGUGACAGUUGUGAAGUAUGCAGAUAUCAUGGAAUCAGUAUGUGAUCGAAUGAAGAAUUGUGAAUUGGUCCAUUUUGAAUUGGAUGAUGGAACUGACUUGUUAGAUAUUCUCCCGGAAGCACAGAGAAAGUUACAGAUUUUGCAAGAAGCAAUCUCAGUGUAUGAAGCACUGAUUGGAUAUAAAAUAAAUACAUGGAAUGAACAUUCAGAAAAUCAAGCUAGGACAGUGUAUGCUUUGUUCCAAGGAUACAGUCGAUUGGAGCAAUUUGCUAAGACACUCAGCAAACCCAAAAAGGCGGAAGCCAAAAAGAAAAGAGAUAUGAACAAAAGUACACAACAGUCUCACAAUAACACAACAGCGACAUGUAAGAAGGAUGGUCAGAAACCUAGAACAUUCAGAAGUCCAAAAACUGUGCUGGAUUUCCAGUGUAUCAAGAAGUUUUUGAGCCUGCUACACGAACCAAAUGUUCCUUGGACAACGACAUCAGAAGCCAACUUGUUAAAAACUAAAAAGGAACUACACCAAAAAGUGAUGCAUACAACAUUCACUCUGGUGCAAAAUGCGAAAAAAUUGAAAGUUAUUGAUACUCAAAUCAAGAAGAACUAUUACGAGCAUAUCAGUGACAUUGCUGCAAUCAUCUUUAGAAGAAUAGUAAAAAGAUUGGUGGAUUUUUUAGAUUUUGAUAGCGCCACAGCUGUCCUAGCUAUGGACUGUUUUCAUAAUAUACUGAGUUUGAUCAGCACUCAGUAUAAGUCGAAUGUAAAAUCCUUCUUGAAGAAAAUCGUUGAUGAAGCCGAUAAGGACAAAGAUACUAUUCGUCAGCUUACGGUGAUGUUCGAAGUCUGCAAGAAAAUAUUUGAGGAAGAUGAUGCAGAGACUUCAGACGAUGCAGACACUAGAAACAUAUCACUCACAGUGAUAAAUACGAUUGGAGUACUUGCGGGACUUGUACCGAAUGACGGAAAUGUAGUUUCUAUCAAGAUCUUCGACUGGUUGAAACAUUUUGCCUAUAACAAGAUUGCAUCAGCAAAAGUAUCUACAGCUUUCAUCAACUUAUUCUUUGAACUGCACUUGAAGUAUAAGCCAAGCUUAACUAUACUUGAACAAAUGUCUGUUAGUAUUGGUGACAUUGUUGGAUUUUUAACAGAGGAGGAUCACGUAACUUCCGAGAAGUUCAAAUUGAUCAACGAAGCAUCAGUUAACAGCGUAUUUCUAGCACUAUGUGCCAACGUUAAAACUACUUUGGACGAUAUUGAUAGCGUUGUUGCUAGACUAAAAUCAGAAUGUAGUAUUCUGCUAUUGCCGGGGAUAGAUAAUGUUGAAAGUAGAAAAGAACGUUUGAAAAUUAAAGAAAAAGGCGUCUGCUGUCAUCUGUGCUUUGUGAUUACAAUAAUGACAAACUUGAGCAAUCUUGCACUUCAGCCUGGUAAUAUGACAGAGGCGGUGUUCAAGAACAUAAUUUCGUUAUUCAACACGCUGUCAUCUCUAACGAAAUAUUUCACAUCAAGAAGUUCAAAAACGAAUCUGCCAUUCCAAGGAGCAAGAUAUGAAAGACUUGUUAAGUUGGCCGGCAAACAGUUAGCCCCAGCAGUCUAUAAAUUCAUCAUUCACUUAGAAGAUGCGCAAACACAAGAAAACAAAAAAAUGGUAUCAAAGAAAAAAUCUGAUGCACUCAAAAGCAAGGUCCUAAGAGAAACUCGACUGAUUCCAAAGGCUGUGUAUGAAAUGGAACAGUUCAGCAGAUGUGUCAUCCAACUGUCAAAUAAGACAAAAGUGGAUCUGACAAAGCAUGUUGGGCAAGGAACGGUGAGGGACUUCAGAAUCAUGAAGUUGCAAGAAGUACUGGAACAAAUUGAGGAGCAGCCUGGAGACAGGACAGCUUCUACUCAGAAUGAAGAAAAUGACGAGGAAGAGAGUGCUAAUUUAGAGGAAGAAAUUGCGGAAAGUGAUAGUGACAAUGACAAUCCACCUCCUCCUUCUAAGAAAAGUAGGACAUGAUUAUUUUAUAUUUUUUCAUUCGAAUUUGUUUUUCGUAUCAUUUUUAUUAGACCUAGAAAUGGUUGUUUGUUAUUUAUCUGAAGUGUAUUUUUAUCAUUUUAGAACAGAAUUAUAAUCUUCCAUUUCCAAUUAUCUGUUCAUGUUUAAUAUAAGAGAGUAUGCUUUGAAAGAAACUGUGGUGAAACAUCACAUACCUAUAUUAUGAAUUUCAGGUGUUGCUUACAUCACAAAAUGUUUGAAAUAAUUUUGUGUUAUCAAAAUAAUUUGGUUAUUUUGUAUUCUGUUCCAAGGCAUUGAGAUAUUUUUUGGAGUAAAAGAUAUAUUUUGUACAAAA